AUGGUGAACUAUUCCUUUUAUCCCAUAUCUGGAACCGCAAGCCCUCCAUCUGAUGAUGGAAGCUCCCCAAAGAUUCUCCUGGAAAGACCGUUUGUCUAUUUCGGACAAACUUAUGACAACAUUUAUGUCAAUAACAACGGACAUCUGACGUUUAAUGCUUCAUAUUCCUCAUAUUCACCUCAAAGAUUCCCUCUAUAUGGAUCCAUAGACUUAAUUGCUCCAUUCUGGACAGAUCUGGACAACAGACAAACUGGUUUGGUCCUCUACAACCAAUACACCAACGGCAGUGUCCUCCAACGAGCUACACGGGACAUUAAUAGCUACUUCCCAAACCUAAACUUCAGUGCUGACUGGGUCUUUGUGGCAACAUGGUAUGAAGUGGCCUAUUUUGGAACGGCAGGAACAACAACUUUCCAAGCCGUGUUGAUCUCUGGAGGACAGAAAUCCUUUGUUCUCUUUAACUACGGUUCGAUUGCCUCAGCAACUCAGAAUGUUCAGGCUGGAUAUGACACCAUAAACUCUUUUCACCAUUUCACCAUUCCUGGAUCUUUCUCAAGUUCUGCAACAGGAAACAACUCCACUUUCAGUCUGAGCAGCAACGUCAAUGUAACGGGUCGCUGGGCCUUCCAAAUAGACAAGGGUCCAGAAGGCUGCACAUUUGAUGGUAAACUUUGUUCUUUUUCAGGCAAACGUGUCCAGUUGGGUGAAUUCUUCUGGAGCGACAGCAACUGCACACAGAAAUGCACCUGCACCACAUCGGGCAUUCAUUGUAUCAGCGAGCUCUGCUCUUUCUCCGAAAUCUGCAUACUGACAAACUUUCAGUUCCUCUGCUUCAACGUCCCGGUGUUCCCACCAGUCAUAGGCACAUUGGCUCCACCAGUUAUAAGUACCUCGACUCCACCAGUUAUAAUCAAUUCAACACUUCCGGGUUCACUUUAUCCAAUGGAUGGAACUGCAAGCUCCAGAUCUGAUGAUGGAAGUUCUCCACAGAUUCACCUGCAAAAACCUUUUGCCUACUUUGGAAAAACAUACAACUCCAUUUAUGUCAACCAUAAUGGACACCUGACAUUUGAUGCUCCCUUUUCCUCAUAUUCACCUCAAAGAUUUCCCCUCUAUGGAUCCAUAGACAUUAUUGCUCCAUUCUGGACAGAUCUGGACAACAGACAAACUGGUUUGGUCCUCUACAACCAAUACACCAACAGCAGUGUCCUCCAACAAGCUACACGGGACAUUAAUAGCUACUUCCCAAACCUAAACUUCAGUGCUGACUGGGUCUUUGUGGCAACAUGGUAUGACGUGCCCUAUUUUGAACCUGCAGGAACAACAACUUUCCAAGCAGUGUUGAUCUCUGGAGGCCAGAAGUCCUUUGUUCUCUUUAACUACGGUUCGAUUGCCUCAGCAACUCAGAAUGUUCAGGCUGGAUAUGACACCAUAAACUCUUUACACCAUUUCACCAUUCCUGGAUCUUUCUCAAGUUCUGCAACAGGAAACAACUCCACUUUCAGUCUUGGAAGCAACGUCAAUGUAACGGGUCGCUGGGCCUUCCAAGUGGACAGUGGAGAAAGAGGCUGCCAAUUUAUUGACAAACGUGUUCAGCUGGGUGAUUUCUUCUGGAGCGACAGCAACUGCACACAGAAAUGCACCUGCACCACAUCGGGCAUUCAUUGUAUCAGCGAGCUCUGCUCUUUCUCCCAAAUCUGCGUAGCGACAAACUUUCAGUUCCUCUGCUUCAACGUCUCAGUGCCCCCCCCAGUUACAAGCACAGUAGCUCCACCAAUGAUGACCUCAUUGCCUCCUACAGUUUUAAUCCCAAAUAAUGUGACACAUCUAAGUCAUUUUUAUCCCAUUUCUGGAGCCACAACCACCCGCUCACUUGAUGGAAGUUCUCCAGAGAUUCUUCUGCAAAGGCCUUUUGUGUACUUUGGACAAACAUACAACAACAUUUAUGUCAACCACAACGGACACUUGACCUUUAAUUCGCCAUAUUCCUCAUAUAUGCCUCAAAGAUUUCCACUCUAUGGACCUAUAGACUUAAUUGCUCCAUUCUGGACAGAUGUAGACAUCAGACAAACUGGUUUGGUCCUCUACAACCAAUACACCAACAGCAGUGUCCUCCAACAAGCUACACGGGACAUUAAUAGCUACUUCCCAAACCUAAACUUCAGUGCUGACUGGGUCUUUGUGGCAACAUGGUAUGAAGUGCCCUAUUAUCCAAUGACAGCAACAAAAACAACUUUCCAAGCCGUGUUGAUCUCUGGAGGCCAGAAAUCCUUUGUUCUCUUUAACUACGGUUCACUUGCCCCAACAGUUUGGAAUGUUCAGGCUGGCUAUGACACCAUAAACUCUUUACACCAUUUCACCAUUCCUGGAUCUUUCUCAAGUUCUGCAACAGGAAACAACUCCACUUUCAGUCUCGGCAGCAACGUCAAUGUAACGGGUCGCUGGGCCUUCCAAAUAGACAGCGGUCCAGAUGGAUGCGUGUUUGAUGGCACACGUGUUCAGUUGGGUGAUUUCUUCUGGAGCGACAGCAACUGCACACAGAAAUGCACCUGCACCACAUCGGGCAUUCAUUGUAUCAGCGAGCUCUGCUCUUUCUCCCAAAUCUGUGUACCAACAAACUUUCAGUUCCUCUGCUUCAACGUCUCAGUGCCCCCCCCAGUUACAAGCACAGUAGCUCCACCAAUGAUGACCUCAUUGCCUCCUACAGUUUUAAUCCCAAAUAAUGUGACACAUCUAAGUCAUUUUUAUCCCAUUUCUGGAGCCACAACCACCCGCUCACUUGAUGGAAGUUCUCCAGAGAUUCUUCUGCAAAGGCCUUUUGUGUACUUUGGACAAACAUACAACAACAUUUAUGUCAACCACAACGGACACUUGACCUUUAAUUCGCCAUAUUCCUCAUAUAUGCCUCAAAGAUUUCCACUCUAUGGAUCCAUAGACUUAAUUGCUCCAUUCUGGACAGAUGUAGACAUCAGACAAACUGGUUUGGUCCUCUACAACCAAUACACCAACAGCAGUGUCCUCCAACAAGCUACACGGGACAUUAAUAGCUACUUCCCAAACCUAAACUUCAGUGCUGACUGGGUCUUUGUGGCAACAUGGUAUGAAGUGCCCUAUUAUCCAAUGACAGCAACAAAAACAACUUUCCAAGCCGUGUUGAUCUCUGGAGGCCAGAAAUCCUUUGUUCUCUUUAACUACGGUUCACUUGCCCCAACAGUUUGGAAUGUUCAGGCUGGAUAUGACACCAUAAACUCUUUUCACCAUUUCACCAUUCCUGGAUCUUUCUCAAGUUCUGCAACAGGAAACAACUCCACUUUCAGUCUCGGCAGCAACGUCAAUGUAACGGGUCGCUGGGCCUUCCAAAUCGACAGCGGUCCAGAUGGAUGCGUGUUUGAUGGCACACGUGUUCAGUUGGGUGAUGUCUUCUGGAGCGACAGCAACUGCACACAGAAAUGCACCUGCACCACAUCGGGCAUUCAUUGUAUCAGCGAGCUCUGCUCUUUCUCCCAAAUCUGUGUACCAACAAACUUUCAUUUCUUCUGCUUCAAUGUCUCAGUGCCCCCCCCAGUUACAACCUCAUUGCCUCCUACAGUUUUAAUCCCAAAUAAUGUGACACAUCUAAGCACACCAGUUACAAGCACAUUUGCUCCACCAGUUAUAACCACAUUGCCUCCAACAGUUAUAAUCAAUUCAACGCUACCUGGUUCACUUUAUCCAAUUUAUGGAACUGCAAGCUCCAGAUCUGAUGAUGGAAGUUCUCCACAGAUUCUCCUGCAAAAACCUUUUGCCUACUUUGGAAAAACAUACAACUACAUUUUUGUCAACCAUAAUGGACACUUGACAUUUGAUGCCUCAUAUUCCUCAUAUUCACCUCAAAGAUUCCCUCUAUAUGGAUCCAUAGACAUUAUUGCUCCAUUCUGGACAGAUCUGGACAACAGACAAACUGGUUUGGUCCUCUACAACCAAUACACCAACAGCAGUGUCCUCCAACAAGCUACACGGGACAUUAAUAGCUACUUCCCAAACCUAAACUUCAGUGCUGACUGGGUCUUUGUGGCAACAUGGUAUGAAGUGGCCUAUUUUGGAACUGCAGGAACAAAAACGACUUUCCAAGCCGUGUUGAUCUCUGGAGGACAGAAAUCUUUUGUUCUCAUGAACUACGGCUCGAUUGACUCAACAACUCUCAGUGUUCAGGCUGGAUAUGACACCAUAAACUCUUUUCACCAUUUCACCAUUCCUGGAUCUUUCUCAAGUUCUGCAACAGGAAACAACUCCACUUUCAGUCUGAGCAGCAACGUCAAUGUAACGGGUCGCUGGGCCUUCCAAAUCGACAGUGGAGUAAGAGGCUGCCAGUUCAAUGGGGAACCUGUGCAGCUGGGUGAUUCUUUUUGGAGUGAUUCCAGCUGUGCACAGAAGUGCACGUGCACCAGAGCCGGCCUGCAGUGCUCUAACCAGCCCUGCUCCUUCUCCCAAGUCUGCAUGCCAGCUUCCUUUCAGUUCUCCUGCCAGACGGUGCCGAGACGCACCUGCACUAUCAGUGGCGAUCCACAUUACUACACCUUUGAUGAUAAAGUGUUUAGCUUUCAAGGCACCUGCACCUAUGUUCUGUCAGAACAAUGUCAGAAUGAGCUGCCCUAUUUCAGAGUAGAGGGCAAAAACGAACACUUUGGAAACACUCGUGUAUCCUGGACAGGACUUGUCAAAGUUUUUGUCUAUAAUGAAACUAUUGAGCUCGUCAAAAGAACCACUGGCAAAGCAAAGGUUAAUGGCAACUUUGUAGCGACUCCGUUUUCCCUCCUCCAGGACCGUAUCCAGGUCUAUCAGUCAGGCAUGUCAAUGAUUGUCAGCACCAACUUUGGCUUGAUGGUAGCCUACGACAUAAGUUAUUAUCUCCGUAUCAGUCUGCCCUACACGUACCAGAAUGCAACAUGUGGUCUAUGUGGAAACUUCAACAAUGAACCUGGAGAUGACCUCCGAACUCGCGAUGGCGAGGUCGUCAGCUCUGAUGUCGUUUUUGCUAACAGCUGGCGAGCUUCUGGUGAUGAGGAUCCUGGUUGUGAUGCACAGUGUGAAGGUCUGGAAUGUGCUGGCUGCACUGCAGCUCAGACUGCAUUAUACAGCAACAAUGACCACUGUGGCAUCCUUCAGAACAGCUCUGGACCUUUUGCAGCAUGCCACCAAACACUUCCCCCACAGAACUUUGUGGACAGUUGUGUUUAUGAUGUGUGCGUUGGUGGAGGAUACCAACCCAUUCUGUGCCAAUCUUUAGGUGUAUAUGCAAGUCAGUGUCAACAAAAUGGUAUCCAACCUCAAAACUGGAGAAGACCUGGCUUCUGUGAAAUCCCCUGCCCAGCCAAUAGCCACUAUGAGUCUCAAGCAACUGGAUGUCCACCCACCUGUGUUAAUCCUAACUCCACCCAAAACUGCCCCCUUCCUGUUCAGGAGAGCUGUGUCUGUGAUACCGGCUAUGUCCUCAGUGCUGGAGAGUGUGUUCCUUAUGCUGAGUGUGGCUGCAGCUUUGAGGGUUUCUAUUAUCGAUCAGGACAGACUGUUAUACUGGAUGAAGACUGUGGGAGGCGCUGUAGCUGCACCGCUGGCUCAAUGACAUGCAGCCCCCAUGGCUGUGGCCCACAUGCAUCCUGCAGUGUGGAUGAUGGAGAAAGAGGAUGCAGGCCUAAUGGUUAUGCCACAUGCUGGAUAAGGGGGCCAGGGUCCUAUCAAACAUUUGAUGGACUGACAUAUCAGUAUCCUGGAGCAUGCAGACUAGUCAUUGCUAAAGAAAUGGGAUUGUCUGGUCACCCACACUUCAACGUGAUAACAGAAAAAGUACCAAACAUCCUGCAAGAUUUUUCAAAUGUUUUAAAGGUUCGGGUCCAGGAAACAGAAGUCACCAUCAACAUGGACAACAACAAAGUCUGGGUUGAUGGUCAGCUUUACAAAUUACCUUUCACUUCUGGAUCCAACCAAAUCCGCAUUUUCCAUAGCAACACUCACAGCAUCAUCCUUCGCACAUCUUUUGGUUUGACCGUGCAAACCGUCUGGCCUCACUUUGUUCGUGUCACUGCACCUGUAGUGUACAGCAGCUCACUUGGUGGACUCUGUGGAAACUACAAUGAUGAGCCCAACGAUGACUUUCAAACACCAAAUGGAACCCUGGUCCACAGUUCUCAGGUGUUUGGAGACAGCUGGAGAGAAGGCUCCCUGGCAUCUCACUGUGUGGAAAACACAGUUUUGAACCCUCUUAAUUACAGUUCAACUGAAUUCUGUGGCAUCCUGAGUUCACCACAUGGUCCAUUUACACCAUGCUGGCCUGUGGUGGACCCUUCACAGCAAGUGGACGUGUGUGUGGACAUCCUCCAUAGAUCUGAAGAUCCUGAAUCAACACUGUGUGAGGUUCUACGAGAUUAUGCUCUGAUGUGUCAACAACAGGGGGUUUCUCUGGGAGAGUGGAGGAAUACAACUGGCUGUGCGGCAACUUGCCCUUCAAACAGCCAUUAUGAACUCUGUGGGACAUCCUGUCCCUCCACCUGCCCCAGUCUCUCUUUCCCCUUCAGCUGUGACUCUCCAUGUCAGGAUGGAUGUCAGUGUAAUGAUGGCUUUGUCCUCAAUGGAAACCAGUGUGUGCCACCAACAUCCUGUGGAUGCUACCAUGAAGGGCGCUAUUGGCAAAGUGGUCAACAGUUUUGGGAUGGAGAAGAGUGUCAGAGUUUUUGCAGCUGUAACGGUGUGACUGGUGUGGUCAGUUGUGUGCCACACUCUUGUGGUCCCGAUGAGGCAUGUCGAGUGGUAGAUGGCGAGUUUGGUUGCCAUCCCAACCCACAUGGUACCUGCUCUGCCUCUGGAGACCCCCACUACUUGACAUUUGAUGGAAAGACCUACGAUUUCCAAGGAACGUGUCGCUAUGUUCUAGCAGAGGUCUGCAAUUCGUCCAGUGGGCUCCAUCAGUUUUCUGUGGAAGCAAAGAAUGAGCCGUUGAAUGGGCUGCCCGUGUCCAUCACAGCUGAAGUUGCUGUUACUGUGUGGGGCUACAAAGUGUGGAUGUUCAGCAAUAACAGAGUAGAGGUUGAUGGAAUAACAAGAAACCUACCAUUCGUUUUGAAUGGGACCAUAUCUGUAUUUGCAAGUGGAUAUCAAACAUUUGUUCGUACAAGUUUUGGUCUAAGCGUCAUGUAUGAUGGAUGGAGCACGGUGUCUAUCUCUGUACCUCCAGAUUACAGAGGGAACAUGUGUGGACUUUGUGGAAAUUUCAACGACAAUCCUAAUGAUGAUUUCCACACCCCUGAUGGAGCAGCAGUCACCACACCUGAUGCUUUUGGGGCAGCCUGGAAAGUACCAGGCAACUACACCUGCAGUGAUGGCUGUGGCUCCUCCUGUCCACGCUGCACUAACGAUCAAGCCGCCAGAGUUCAGUGUGAGGUGAUUCAGGCAGCUGACGGCCCCUUCAGCUUCUGUCACGAGCACGUGGAUCCAGCACCAUUUGUCAGCGACUGCGUGUUUGACGUUUGCGUGGGUGGGAAUGCUGGAAACGACCUUCUGUGCAGGGCCAUUGAGACAUAUGUGAGCGCAUGUCAGUCUGCUAAUGUCCGGAUCUAUCCUUGGAGACAAAACACCACCUGCAGCAUCAACUGUCCAGCAAACAGCCACUAUGAGCUGUGUGGAACAGACUGUGGCCGCACCUGUGCCAGCAGCACUGAUGCCACCUGUGAGCAUGCUUGCUCAGAGGGAUGUUUCUGUGAUGAGGGCUUCGUCAGAAGUGGUACAACCUGUGUUCCUGAGGGGAGCUGUGGAUGUCAAUAUGAAGGCUUUUAUUACAGCGUUGGAGAGUCUUUCUGGAAAGAUGGUUGCUCUGAGCGAUGUGAAUGUUUUGCCUCUGAUGUUGUGCACUGUGCCGCUGCAUCCUGCACUGCUGAACAACAGUGCACCAUCAAGGGUGGCCAGCUGGGCUGUUAUGAUGGGAUGUCCACUGUUAUGAGCACAGUGGCUCCUACAGUUUUAGGUUCACUUUAUCCAAUUUCUGGAACUGCAAGCUCCAGAUCUGAUGAUGGAAGUUCUCCACAGAUUCAACUGCAAAAACCCUUUGCCUACUUUGGAAAAUUAUACAACCACACUUAUGUUAACCACAAUGGACACUUGACAUUUGAUGCCUCAUAUUCCGCAUAUGUGCCUCAAAGAUUUCCACUCUAUGGAUCCAUAGACAUAAUUGCUCCAUUCUGGACAGAUCUGGACAACAGACAAACUGGUUUGGUCCUCUACAACCAAUACACCAACGGCAGUGUCCUCCAACAAGCUACACGGGACAUUAAUAGCUACUUCCCAAACCUAAACUUCAGUGCUGACUGGGUCUUUGUGGCAACAUGGUAUGAAGUGGCCUAUUAUCCAAUGACAGGAACAAAAACGACUUUCCAAGCCGUGUUGAUCUCUGGAGGACAGAAAUCUUUUGUUCUCAUGAACUACGGCUCGAUUGCCUUAACAACUCUCAGUGUUCAGGCUGGAUAUGACACCAUAAACUCUUUUCACCAUUUCACCAUUCCUGGAUCUUUCUCAAGUUCUGCAACAGGCGACAACUCCACUUUCAGUCUCGGCAGCAACGUCAAUGUAACGGGUCGCUGGGCCUUCCAAGUGGACAGUGGAGUAAGAGGCUGCCAGUUCAAUGGUGAACCUGUGCAGCUGGGUGAUUCUUUUUGGAGUGAUUCCAGCUGUGCACAGAAGUGCACGUGCACCAGAGCCGGCCUGCAGUGCUCUAACCAGCCCUGCUCCUUCUCCCAAGUCUGCAUGCCAGCUUCCUUUCAGUUCUCCUGCCAGACGGUGCCGAGACGCACCUGCACUAUCAGUGGCGAUCCACAUUACUACACCUUUGAUGAUAAAGUGUUUAGCUUUCAAGGCACCUGCACCUAUGUUCUGUCAGAACAAUGUCAGAAUGAGCUGCCCUAUUUCAGAGUAGAGGGCAAAAACGAACACUUUGGAAACACUCGUGUAUCCUGGACAGGACUUGUCAAAGUUUUUGUCUAUAAUGAAACUAUUGAGCUCGUCAAAAGAACCACUGGCAAAGCAAAGGUUAAUGGCAACUUUGUAGCGGCUCCGUUUUCCCUCCUCCAGGACCGUAUCCAGGUCUAUCAGUCAGGCAUGUCAAUGAUUGUCAGCACCGACUUUGGCUUGAUGGUAGCCUACGACAUAAGUUAUUAUCUCCGUAUCAGUCUGCCCUACACGUACCAGAAUGCAACAUGUGGUCUAUGUGGAAACUUCAACAACCAACCUGGAGAUGACCUCCGAACUCGCGAUGGCGAGGUCGUCAGCUCUGAUGUAGUUUUUGCUAACAGCUGGCGAGCAUCUGGUGAUGAGGAUCCCGGUUGUGAUGCACAGUGUGAAGGUCUGGGAUGUGCUGGCUGCACUGCAGCUCAGACUGCAUUAUACAGCAACAAUGACCACUGUGGCAUCCUUCAGAACAGCUCUGGACCUUUUGCAGCAUGCCAUCAAACACUUCCCCCACAGAACUUUGUGGACAGUUGUGUUUAUGAUGUGUGUGUUGGUGGAGGAUACCAACCCAUUCUGUGCCAAUCUUUAGGUGUAUAUGCAAGUCAGUGUCAACAAAAUGGUAUCCAACCUCAAAACUGGAGAAGACCUGGCUUCUGUGAAAUCCCCUGCCCAGCCAAUAGCCACUUUGAGUCUCAAGCAACUGGAUGUCCACCCACCUGUGUUAAUCCUAACUCCACCCAAAACUGCCCCCUUCCUGUUCAGGAGAGCUGUGUCUGUGAUACCGGCUAUGUCCUCAGUGCUGGAGAGUGUGUUCCUUAUGCUGAGUGUGGCUGCAGCUUUGAGGGUUUCUAUUAUCGAUCAGGACAGACUGUUAUACUGGAUGAAGACUGUGGAAGGCGCUGUAGCUGCACCGCUGGCUCAAUGACAUGCAGCCCCCAUGGCUGUGGCCCACAUGCAUCCUGCAGUGUGGAUGAUGGAGAAAGAGGAUGCAGGCCUAAUGGUUAUGCCACAUGCUGGAUAAGGGGGCCAGGGUCCUAUCAAACAUUUGAUGGACUGACAUAUCAGUAUCCUGGAGCAUGCAGACUAAUCAUUGCUAAAGAAAUGGGAUUGUCUGGUCACCCACACUUCAAUGUGAUAACAGAAAAAGUACCAAACAUCCUGCAAGGUUUUUCAAAUGUUUUAAAGGUUCUGGUCCAGGAAACAGAAGUCACCAUCAACAUGGACAACAACGACAAAGUCUGGGUUGAUGGUCAGCUUUACAAAUUACCUUUCACUUCUGGAUCCAACCAAAUCCGCAUCUUCCAUAGCAACACUCACAGCAUCAUCCUUCGCACAUCUUUUGGUUUGACCGUGCAAACCGUCUGGCCUCACUUUGUUCGUGUCACUGCACCUGUAGUGUACAGCAGCUCACUUGGUGGACUCUGUGGAAACUACAAUGAUGAGCCCAACGAUGACUUUCAAACACCAAAUGGAACCCUGGUCCACAGUUCUCAGGUGUUUGGAGACAGCUGGAGAGAAGGCUCCCUGGCAUCUCACUGUGUGGAAAACACAGUUUUGAACCCUCUUAAUUACAGUUCAACUGAAUUCUGUGGCAUCCUGAGUUCACCACAUGGUCCAUUUACACCAUGCUGGCCUGUGGUGGACCCUUCACAGCAAGUGGACGUGUGUGUGGACAUCCUCCGUAGAUCUGAAGAUCCUGAAUCAACACUGUGUGAGGUUCUACGAGAUUAUGCUCUGAUGUGUCAACAACAAGAGGUUUCUCUGGGAGAGUGGAGGAAUACAACUGGCUGUGCCGCAACUUGCCCUUCAAACAGCCAUUAUGAACUCUGUGGGACAUCCUGUCCCUCCACCUGCCCCAGUCUCUCCUUCCCCUUCAGCUGUGACUCUCCAUGUCAGGAUGGAUGUCAGUGUAAUGAUGGCUUUGUCCUCAAUGGAAACCAGUGUGUGCCACCAACAUCCUGUGGAUGCUACCAUGAGGGGCGCUAUUGGCAAAGUGGUCAACAGUUUUGGGAUGGAGAAGAGUGUCAGAGUUUGUGCAGCUGUAAUGGUGUGACUGGUGUGGUCAGUUGUGUGCCACACUCUUGUGGUCCUGAUGAGGCAUGUCGAGUGGUAGAUGGCGAGUUUGGUUGCCAUCCCAACCCUCAUGGUACCUGCUCUGCCUCUGGAGACCCCCACUACUUGACAUUUGAUGGAAAGACCUACGAUUUCCAAGGAACGUGUCGCUAUGUUCUAGCAGAGGUCUGCAAUUCGUCCAGUGGGCUCCAUCAGUUUUCUGUGGAGGCAAAGAAUGAGCCGUGGAAUGGGCUGCCCGUGUCCAUCACAGCUGAAGUUGCUGUUAGUGUGUGGGGCUACAAAGUGUGGAUGUUUAGCAAUAACAGAGUAGAGGUUGAUGGAAUAACAAGAAACCUACCAUUCGUUUUGAAUGGGACCAUAUCUGUAUUUGCAAGUGGAUAUCAAACAUUUGUUCGUACAAGUUUUGGUCUAAGCGUCAUGUAUGAUGGAUGGAGCACGGUGUCUAUCUCUGUACCUCCAGAUUACAGAGGGAACAUGUGUGGACUUUGUGGAAAUUUCAACGACAAUCCUAAUGAUGAUUUCCACACCCCUGAUGGAGCAGCAGUCACCACACCUGAUGCUUUUGGGGCAGCCUGGAAAGUACCAGGCAACUACACCUGCAGUGAUGGCUGUGGCUCCUCCUGUCCACGCUGCACCAACGAUCAAGCCGCCAGAGUUCAGUGUGAGGUGAUUCAGGCAGCUGACGGCCCCUUCAGCUUCUGUCACGAGCACGUGGAUCCAGCACCGUUUGUCAGCGACUGCGUGUUUGACGUUUGCGUGGGUGGGAAUGCUGGAAACGACCUUCUGUGCAGGGCCAUUGAGACAUAUGUGAGCGCAUGUCAGUCUGCUAAUGUCCGGAUCUAUCCUUGGAGACAAAACACCACCUGCAGCAUCAACUGUCCAGCAAACAGCCACUAUGAGCUGUGUGGAACAGACUGUGGCCGCACCUGUGCCAGCAGCACUGAUGCCACCUGUGAGCAUGCUUGCUCAGAGGGAUGUUUCUGUGAUGAGGGCUUCGUCAGAAGUGGUACAACCUGUGUUCCUGAGGGGAGCUGUGGAUGUCAGUAUGACGGCUUUUAUUACAGCGUUGGAGAGUCUUUCUGGAAAGAUGGUUGCACUGAGCGAUGUGAAUGUUUUACCUCUGAUGUUGUGCACUGUGCCGCUGCAUCAUGCACUGCUGCACAACAGUGCACCAUCAAGGAUGGCCAGCUGGGCUGUUAUGAUGGGAUGUCCACCUGCACUGUCUGGGGAGACCCCCAUUACAUCACCUUUGAUGGCGCCCUGGCUCAUUUCCAAGGAACAUGCUCUUAUAUCAUUACUGAGACUGGGAGUCAUGGCAACAAUCACACCCAGUUUGAGGUUGUAGCCACCAACAAUCACCGUGGCAACAACCAUGUGUCCUUUGUGUCAUCAGUGGACAUACAUUUCUCUAAAGAUGCAGAGAGUGUGCAUGUAAGGAUUGGACCAAACAGAGGAGUGAAGGUAGAUGGAUCUGAUGUGUCUCUUCCCACGACUGUAGGAGCCAUAGCCCAAGUGUCAACACAAGAAGGCUUUGUAGUCUUUGAUGCAGAUGACCUUAUUGUCAAAUUUGAUGGUCAGAGUACUCUAUUGGUCAGAAUGAGUCAGUACUAUCAGAACAAAGUCAGUGGGAUGUGUGGGAACUUCAACGGAGAUCCUUCAGAUGAUAAAGUGAAACCGAGUGGCAUACUCGCCCAAAAUGACACUGAGUUUGGACACAGCUGGAAGUCACCAACCAGUCAGGCAGGAUGUGGAUCCACUGAUGAAAUAAAAGGAGAUGGACACUGUCGUUUUUCACAAGAAUACUCUGAAGUCUGCAGCAUCAUCACCAACACCAGUGGUCCAUUCAGUGCCUGUCACCUGCACUCUGACCCACAGCUGUUUUUCUCUUCCUGUGUCUAUGAUCUCUGUCUCUACACUCCAGCCAAUGGCAUGCUGUGUUCUGCAGUUUCAGCCUAUGAGAAAACUUGCACUGUUUUAGGCUUGAACAUCCCCGAAUGGCGCCCUGCUUUGCACUGUGCUCAGUCAGAUCCCUGUGAACAGCUGAACUGCACAGAGAAUGAGUGGUGUGGAGAGAAACAUGGUGUGUACGGCUGCUUCUGUGAUGAGCACCAUCAUAGACCAAACAAUGACAGCUACGACUCAUCUAUUACUUGUGAAAGCAGUUCAGGCACAAUGUCUGUGUCUCGCUGUCAACUGUUUGAAGCCGGCUUUCACUCCAGUGCUCUCCAUCUUCGCGAUAGCUCUUGCAAUGGGAUUCUUCAAGAUGGAAGACUGGUUUUCCACUUUGACAACAAUAAUCAUCUUUGUGGCACCGUUCUCAGGAGCAAUGGAACCCAUUUCAUAUACGAGAACGACAUUCAGAGUGAAACAGCUCCUCCUGGAACUUUAAUCAGUCGUCAGAAGAAACUCAAGCUGUGUUUUAGCUGUGCUUAUCCACUUUCCCAGGCUCAGUCUAUGGAUGUGGGCAUCAACCCUGUGGAAAGUAUAUUGAAGAAGAAGCUACCAGCUGGCAGAGGUUCUUAUCACAUAAGGAUGACCUCCUAUAUGGAUCCAGACUUUCACUUUCCCUUUACAAGUGAAACAGACAUAGAAGUAGAUGAGAAGCUUUAUGUGGAGGUGCAGACUGAAGGGGUGGAUCAACACCAACUUGCCACCAUUCUUGACUCAUGUUGGGCGACACCAGUCAACACCGAAGACUACCCUGUCCGCUGGGAUCUCAUUACUAAUGAAUGUCCUAAUCCAGAAGAUGGUACAGUUGAGCUGAUUCAGAGUGGCAUCUCCACAGUGGCUCGUUUCUCCUUCAGGAUGUUCACUUUCACCAACUUCACUUCAAUUUUCCUUCACUGUAAUGUCCACUUGUGUCUUCUGAAUGGUAGCGAUUGCACACCUCAAUGUUACCCAAAUCACAGGAGAUUCCAAAGGGAUUUGUCUCAUUAUGACUCACAACCCAUCUCAUUCGGACCUGUCGGCAUGAAGAAAUAUGACAGAAAACUCAAGGCAAGCCGCGCUCCGGGACAGCUGACAUCAGUCUUCACUGUGGUUGUUACUUUGCUGGCAGCCAAAACUCUAAUCCUGUGAGAUUCCAGGGACAAAACUUUACAUUUUUAAACCUUUUUGGUUUUUUUAAACUUAGUUGUAUCUGAGGGGUUUAAUUACUUGGGUGUUUUUUUUGUAAUGUUGUCUAAAGUGGAGGCCUUUAAGAUUAAUUGAAAUUUUAAUUCUUUUUUCACUCUUGAAUGUAUUUCUAUUGAUUAAAAACACUUAAUUCUGUGUGAUUUUUAGGGUUUUGGUAUGUUUAAUGCAGACAUAUGCUAUAUGUUUUGAUUUUUUUGAUUUGAAAUGGUUUAUUUCAAGCAAUCAAAUAAGAAUACACAAAACAAUACAAUCAUCAGUUAUACAUUCGUACAAUAACUAAUCAAACUUUGGAUAAUUAGACAUAUUAAUAAAUAUUGCUUGAAAGGGAGUGGAAGGAAGCGAAUUUAUAUAAUCCCACCCCUUGUCAUGUACAUGUCCAAUCAAUAAAGUUACUUUUUCUUGUCAA